AUGGCACUGACAAGUAUGUCGUGGGGUAGGGUUUGGAUGUCCUGGAUUUUUCUUAUAAAGUGGGAUGAAUUUGUUAUGCAGCUGUGUGUGUUGCCGGUAAGGGGUUUGAGGACAGAUGUAAGGUACUUUGAAAGUUUGUAUGUAGGAGAACCAAUGGUGCUGACUACUUGUCAGUUUCGACGCGACGUGCAGUCUCUCUUCACUAAUGUCCCCAUUAAAAGAAGUAUUGAAAUCAUCCAGGACAAAGUCCCUGAAAACCUAGUUCCUCUAACCCAACACUGCCUCAACACCAAUUAUUUCGUCUUCCAGGGUACAUACUAUGAACAGGUGUCCGGAGCAGCAAUAGGAUCACCCAUCUCUCCCGUAGUUGCUGACAUCUACAUGGAGUAUGUGGAUGAUACCUUUGUAGUUUGGAGCCAUGGAAGAGAAAAACUUGGCGAAUUCCUCGAUUACAUAAAUUCCUUAGAUCCUAACAUACAGUUCACUAUGGAAAUAGAAAACCCGGACCGUUCACUACCUUUCCUCGACACCCUAAUUACUAGAAAAGCAGACGGAUCCCUUGGAUAUCAGCGAACAAGAGAACCGGAACUGGAACACAUCGGGUCUACGCUACAACAAAAUGGUUUCUCCAGACACAGAAGUAAUCGCACCAUAGACCGACUGCCCAACCAAACAACAAAACCGACACACAAACGGAGGACAGACACACACGACAAAGAACACGCAACUACCUUCCUACCAUACAUUCAAGGUACGACCGACCGCAUAGGCAGAAUCCUCAGGAAACAUAAAAAACAUAACAUCAAAAUUGUUUUCACAACACAUACCAAAAUAGGACAACUCUUCACCUCCCCCAAGGACCUGCAACCGCAACUGUCUACACCAGGGGUAUACAAAAUCCCAUGCUCAUGCGGCCAAGUAUACAUCGGCAAAACUGGGAGGAGCGUGAACACUAGACUCAAGGAACAUGACCGUUGCACCAGGUUGGGCUACAUUCAAUCAGCCGUGGUGGAACACCAGAUUACCACUGGGCACAAAAUCCUGUUUGAUAAAACAGAAGUUUUGGCAAAAACAUCAGCCUAUAUUCCUCGAAAGCAUAGGGAAGCAAUAGAAAUACGGAAACACCCGAACAACAUCAACCGGGAAACAGGAUAUCAUAUUAACCCAAUCUGGCAUACGCUCUUCCCAGUUUUUUUUAAAUUGUGCGCACAAUCAAAAAGUCCCACUUUCUGA